AUGGCUGAACAUCCCGUGCGCGACGCCAACGGCGAUACCCAGUACUUGAACGACGACGAGAUCAAGAAGUUUCUCGAUGAUCUCGACCACAAUGACGACGGCUACAUUGACUACAAUGAGGUGGAGCAGAAGCUCGACGCCGCACACGACGAGCUCACACCCGUCACGGCCGCCCACCAUGUCACCAAACGCGAUCACGAUUCUGAAAAUGAUCACAUCCGCCAUGCCUUUCUCCGCAGCAUGAUGGGCUCGGAAGAGCAGCGCAUCCCGCGCGACGAAUUUGCCAAGCGCGUCAAAGAGUGGAAAAUUCCCUCCCUCGAGCAGGCCAAAAAGGAGGAGAAGCAGGAGAAGCAGUACAUGAAGAGUGUAACGGUGUGGCGCCGCAUCCGCGCCUACUGGGCCGUGCAUGGCCCCGAGAUCUGUUUCCUCGCCCUCGUCAUCGGUAUGCAGCUGGCCUUUGGCAUCUGGCAGCUCGUCAAGUACCAGACGACACCGGCGUACCGUGCUGCCUUUGGCUGGGGCGUCGUCAUGGCCAAGACGUGCGCCGGCGCCCUCUACCCGACCUUUUUUUUCCUCAUCCUCAGCAUGUCGCGAUACUUUUCCACCUUCAUGCGCAAGUCCUACUAUGUCUCACGCUUCUUCAACUGGGAUCUUUCGCAAGAGUUCCACAUCCGCAUCUCCUGCGUCGCCAUCCUCCUCGCGACAUUGCACGCCCUGGGCCACCUGACGGGCUCCUUCGUCAGUGGCAGCGACCCCAACAACGAGACCGAGGUCGCCUACCUGCUGGGCGACGACAUGGUGCCCCGGCCGUACAUCGAGUACGUCCGCUCCGUCCCCGGUGUUACGGGCAUCACAGCUCUCGGCUGCUUCUACCUACUCUCCCUUCUGAGCAUCCCGCAGGUCCGUAGGUGGAACUAUGAAGUAUUCCAGCUCGGCCACCUGCUGAUGUUCCCUAUCAUCGGCCUCAUGAUGGCGCACGGGACCGCCCAUCUCCUGCAGUGGCCCAUGUUUGGCUACUUCCUCGCCUUCCCCACCCUUUUGGUUGUCGUGGAGCGCGUUGUCCGCGUCGUCCUCGGUUUCCACCGCAUCAAGGCGACCAUGAAGUGCCUCGACGACGACACGGUCGAAAUCACCGCCAUCAUCCCCAGCGAGCGUCUCUGGAGGUACAAGGCCGGACAGUACAUUUUCCUCCAGGUGCCAGAGAUUAGCAUCUGGCAGUGGCACCCCUUUACCGUUUCUGUUUGCAUCGGCAACAAGAUGCAGGUGCACAUCAAAACGGAUGGUAACUGGACCGGCAGACUGCGCAAGCUGGGCGGCGACGCGGGCGAGUCUGAGAUUGAGGUGGGCAUCAACGGGCCCUUUGGCGCGCCUGCCCAGCGUUUCUACGAGUUCAACCACUCGGUCAUCAUCGGUGCCGGGAUUGGCGUCACGCCCUUCUCCGGCAUUCUUGCCGAUCUGCAGGCUCACGACGACAUGUCCCAUGGCGGUCCCGCCCAUCUCGAGGCCGGCCACCUUCAGGAUCGCCACGACUCCGAUGCCACGGCUGCAGACCCUGCCGAUGCCUCGGGCAAGUUCGAGAAGAUCACUGGUGGCGAUGGCAUGUUGCUCGGCUCCGACGAAGCCAAGAGGAAAAGGGCCAACGAUUGCAGCUCUCAACAAAACGACAACGACAACGAGACGCGUCCUGAGAGGGACGAGUUUGUCAACGCCGACACGAUCAAUACGAGUCGCCGCCCGGAGGCCGGCAAGUCGCGCGACUUUGCCGAUGACUACCGCCGCGUCGAUUUUCACUGGAUGGUCCGCGACAGAAACUACCUCUCGUGGCUUUCCGAUCUCCUCAACGAAGUGUCGCGCAGCCAGGAGUGGCAUCGUGAGCACGAGGACCAGCCGCACCUCGACAUUCGCAUCCAGACGCACGUCACGGCGAAACGCAAGGACAUUGUCACCCACGUCUACCGCUGGCUGCUCGAAAUGCACCGCACCGACGACCACCCAGCUAGCCCCCUGACUGGCCUGUUGAAUCCGACACACUUUGGGCGGCCCGACUUUAACGAUAUCCUCGACAGACACUACGACGAGAUGAGGGCGUUCCGCCGGAGCAAGAGGGAGGAGGCGCGCGGAGAGAAGCCUGGCAGCAGCGCGAGGCGUGAGGGAGCCAGCGACGCAGAGUACUACAAGGAGGACGAGGAGCUCAAGGUCGGCGUUUUCUACUGUGGCGCGCCAGUCGUAGGCGAGAUUCUGGCGGACAAGUGCAGCGAGCUCACGACCAGGGGUCGGCAUGACGGCAGCAAGAUUGAGUACCACUUUAUGAUUGAGGUGUUUGGAUAG